AUGAAGCCAGCCAUGGAAACUGCAGCGGAGGAAAAUGCAGAACAAAGCCAAGAGAAAAAAGUGAUCACCAGACCAGAAAUGGAAAUUGGCAGGUACCACUGGAUGUACAGGAGUUCAAGGCCACACCGGUACCAUCAUGUGCCAGCAUUGAGAGGCAAUAUUAGUCCUUUGGGGAUUCAAGGUUGCUUUGAAUGUUGCAUCAAGUGCCUGGGAGGGGUUCCAUAUGCCUCACUGGUGGCCACCAUCCUCUGCUUCUCGGGGGUAGCGUUGUUCUGCGGCUGCGGCCACGUGGCGCUCACAGGAACUGUGUCCAUCCUCGAACAGCACUUCUCCACAAAUGCCAGUGACCAUGCUUUGCUGAGUGAAGUAAUACAGCUAAUGCAGUAUGUAAUUUAUGGCAUUGCAUCAUUUUUCUUCCUAUAUGGAAUAAUCCUUUUGGCAGAAGGUUUUUACACAACAAGUGCUGUGAAGGAGCUGCAUGGAGAAUUCAAAACAACAGUCUGCGGGCGCUGCAUCAGUGGAAUGUUUGUUUUCCUCACCUACGUGCUGGGAGUGGCCUGGCUCGGGGUCUUUGGCUUCUCCGCUGUGCCUGUCUUUAUGUUCUAUAACAUAUGGUCAACUUGCGAAGUCAUCAAAUCGCUUCAGACGAAUAUGACAGUUCCCGGGGACCAGAUCUGCGUGGAUAUCAGGCAAUAUGGUAUCAUCCCCUGGAAUGCUGUACCGGGCAGGGCUUGUGGUCCAAUUUUAGAGAAUAUCUGCAACACGAAUGAGUUCUACAUGUCUUAUCACCUGUUCAUUGUGGCCUGUGCUGGAGCUGGUGCCACUGUCAUAGCAUUGCUGAUCUACAUGAUGGCUACUACAUAUAACUAUGCGGUUUUGAAGUUUAAGAGUCGGGAAGAUUGCUGCACUAAAUUCUAAAUUGUAUAAGCCCAGUAAAGAGCUGCAUUGCGUAGCUUGAAAUACCACUGACACCCUAGGCUAAAAGUCUAGUUUUUUGAAUUUUGUUACAGUAAUUGUAAAUAGCUUCAGUAAGCACCAUUUAGCUUAUCAGAUUAAUAAAAUGACUUCUUGUAUAUGAACUAUAAUGUGGAUGAGAUCUGGCUAUUGGUUCAUGUUGAGAGGAUUCAGUUACUGUAGGGGUGUUACAGAUCAUCCUUUUGAAGACUGGGAUAUUUUCAUUUAAGAUCUCCACUUACUUUCUAACAGUCAUCUCUAAAACAAAUACUUGAACAGUUCAGGGUCAGAGUUACUAGUUUGUUCAUCAUCAUCCUGAACACCAACUACAAAAAACUGGGAGCUUACAAUUUAUACGGUAUGAGAAGAGUAAUAAAGUAGUGUUAGCAUCUUUAUCUUUUGGCAAAGCCCAGGUAUUGUAAAUUAGUUGGCCUGCAUUUCUGGUGUACUGAUGAUAAAACUGACUUUUUGUAAUUAAUUUUCAAGUGGUUGCCAAACCAUGCUCUCUCUGGAAUAAAAUAUAUCCUUGUACUAGGUCUGCGUAAAACAAUCACAUUUUCUUUUGGAACCCAAACUAAUAGGAAAUUGUCUUCAGAUAACUUCAGUUUUUGUAUGGCUUGCACUUUAGUAACUGAUUUCUCAGUAGCCAGAUCUCAAAAAUGUAAGUAUGAUUACAGAGGAAGCAAAACCAUGCAUACAUCAUAGUGCUGUUUUUACACUGUUGAAAAAGGAGCGGUGAAUCAGUGUUUUCAGAUGUAGAUUUCUUUUGCAUGAAGUAUGCUGAAAAGAAGUUGGAAAGAGAUGUAUUCACUUCAAAAACUAAAAAAAAAAAUAAAAAUAAAAAUAAAACACCCAUACAACAAAAACACCCAACCAAUUUCUAUACUUGGUAUAAAACUUAAGAAGUUAGACAAUGGGCAUUUAAAAUGUAGUUAUAAAAAUACGUUAUUAGGACUUCUUAACCCAGAGAUUGCAUGCUUUUGCUUAGUUUUGGACUCACAUUUUGUUGUUUAAUUUUUCAGUAUGUUAAUGUAGCUUUGUUCAUAUAAAUAAAACUGUUUACAAUUUUAGUCUUUUUCGGAGGUGGGUAGGGGGGGCGUAGAACUCUCAUCUGCUUGUUGGGGGGAAAAAAGAAUUACCAGAAUCUGUGCUUGUAAAUACAGAAAACACCACAACCUUAGAAAGCAGUUCUUCUGAGCACCUUUUUGUUUACAGAUUUAAAUUGCCAUAUAUGAAACUUUUUUCCAGCUUUUCCCUGUUCUGCAUUUUAAUUGAUCAGUAAAACUCUAGCUCAUUUUAUUACUUGUACUAACUUUCUCUAAAUUUUAAAUAACCGAUUUAAAUAUUAGCAUGCAAAAUUCUAGAGAUCAUUGAAAAUAGCCUCUGGUGCUUGUUUUAACAACAGAAUGCUUAUUAACGUAGAAUAACUUUUUUGUUUACUAUUGUAAAGAGCGUCUAUUAAUCUAACUAGCAGCUUUGCUUUGCCUCUUGACAUGCUCACUAGCCAUCAUGCUCACCCUUCUCUUCCAGAUCCACUUCCUCAUGAUACUGUCCUCUAACUGGGCCUACUUAAAGGAUGCAAGCAAAAUGCAGGCCUACCAAGAUAUCAAAACAAAAG